CUCUGAUUUGACACUCGGGUGAAGCAAUAGAGCAAGUGCAGAAGAGAGAUGGCGUCCCCUCGCCGCAUGUCCGCGGCGCCCGCCGCCCUCCUCAUCCUGCUCCUCCUCGUCGCCAUGGAGAUGGGGACGAUGAAGGUGGCAGAGGCACGGACAUGCCAGUCAAAGAGCCACAAAUUCAAGGGCGGCUGCUUCAGCGACAGCAACUGCGCCAGCGUGUGCCACACCGAGAACUUCCCCCGCGGGCAAUGCCACCAGCAUUACGUCGAGCCCAAGUGCUUCUGCGAGCGGGAUUGCUGAGCUUAGGAUGACCAGAAAUAAAGUGGCUCCAUCGGUGUUGCAUCUUCAUCUUCAUGCAUGCAUCCAUUCAUGUUGUUUAGGUGAAGAUAGGGCCUGGCUCCGGCGUGUUUGCGGCUUCAAUUUGUAUACUAAUAACGAUGCAUGCCUGAUGCAUGUGGCUUCUCUGUGUUGUGAUGUGUUGUGUUUCUAUGUGGUGUUGUGUUGGAUUCAAUCAAUCUGCAGUUAGUUGGCU